AUGCACUCUUCAUAUUCCCCACUUUUCACUUUAGGUCUUCUAGCGGAGCGACGGGCGGGUCUCUCGUCUGCACACAGCAUCGACCUUCCGGCGGUCCCAUCAACCUCAACCGCUACCUCCUACAAGGCCCACAAUAAUGCUGCUGCUGAUGAUCAUGCCUCGGCAUUUUAUUUCACUUUGCAAAUGGGAAAAAGGGACACCGUUGAACUUCGGUCUUUCCUUUCCCUCGACCUGGCAGACUCCAAUCGUUCAAUUGCAGCUCACAGGCGCAAGCAGUCGAUCAUGUCAAAGUCUACUAGUUGGACUUGUACGCACGAUGUAACCUCAAUUCAUGACUUGUCACGAAUCGAAAGACGACCCGCCUUUGCACGGCUUCCACCAUUAUCUUCAGCAUCUGCGCUCCACCGAUCGUCUCGUGAAUCUUUGAGGCAAAUCCCCUCUCCUAAACCUGCUCCGGUGUCAUCUACCUUACCCGAGCCUCCGACAUCUCUUGAUCGUGCCUCUUCAUCAAAGCCACCUCCGUCAGCGACUAGCACAUCUUUUUCCACUCCCCUAUUGUCGCCCAUUAGCCCAUCAGGAAAAGGGUCGUCCCUGCGUUCCUCAUCUAUCACAUCGCAUCAAAGGCGAAAAAGUCGCAUGGAUGCUCUGGCAUGUUUGGAGGGCCGCUCUCGUGCUGCUAACCGCAUUCCGAGAUCGAGUCUCAGAAAAAAUUUCAUGAGCAUGAGCGAUGACGAGGAUGAUGAGGCCAAGGGGCUUUCGUCUGUGGGAAAUACUCCCUCCAUUCAAGUCGAGGAUUUCGGUUCGUUCGCAGAUAUCGAAGAUGAAGGAGAUGCGAUCGUUCCAUCUUCAAAACAUCUUUCCCCAAAACAAGCCACUUUCCCUCGUUCAGUCUCGAAGCCCACGAAGCGUCCGAGAAGAAGCACUAUGGACACAUGGUUUCCUCUCAAAAGCUUCAUUGAUCUGAAAGAUGAUGAUUUAACAUGGAAUUGGCGGAGCUUCAUCGAGAUUGGCGGAGUGUCAUGA